AAAUAUUUUCUAAAACGUACGUGUUCAUAGAAGCAUGAGGCUUGACAGAGGUGACAUUGAAGGCUGUGUAAAUCUUUUCUUUUAAUGUGCCGUGUAAAAUGGACAUCGUGCUCAAAAACAAGAAGAGACACAAGGCUUUGCUGGAAAACUAGUAAUUAAAUAGCACUAGUAAUUCUUCAAACAGCUCUAUUUUUCAGACAGGAUUCCUUUUAGGAUCCCAAAUCACACUAUAGAUCUCAAUCUUAGAAGUCUACCACCUACCAUUAACCUCCAUGUCAGUGGCCCCAGUACAAGUUACAACAUCUCCUAAAGAGGAAAUCGCUGCCAGUGGGGACUCCCCAGAGUUGGAAUGCCCCGUGUGCUACCAGGAAUAUGAUCAGGAUUGCAAACUCCCACGUAUGCUGGAAUGCCUACAUGUUUUCUGCACAGAAUGCCUUCAUAAUAUCCAGCUGUCCCCUCUCCACCCACCCGAUCCCAAUAGCCCUGCAUCCAUCUCCUGUCCCUUGUGCCGCCACUCCACCCCACUAGAAAGUGGUGAUACACACUCCCUCCCAUGCAACUCCCGUAUCCUUGCACAGCUACCUCCUGUAACUUUUCGCCUGCCUGUGUCAGUCUCCACCCGAAUGGGUACUGUCACUCAAAGGGUGAUCCUGUCUCUGGAGUCACGGGAUGCCCGGUUUAUUAUUUUACCUACAGUGAGCUUACGGGUGGAGCAGAUGGCUGAGGGCUCAGGCACCCCAGAGUCCUUAGCAGGUCCAGUGGGGUUUAGGAGGAGAAAGAAUCUGAUGUGUGUCCAGAUGUUGGUUGUAAUAUUUUGGAUGCUUUUUGUCUUGGCCUGUGUGAUGGGAGUGCUGUUUGGCCCUAAUUUGUUCCACAACUAAAAGACAGAAAAAAAAGUCUAAAUUAAUUCAUUUACUACAUAUAAUUUAAUGCAAAAUGAUAAAUUCAUAAAACCUCAAAAUCUACUCUAUACCAUGGUAUUGUGUGUGUGUUUGUGUGUGUGUGUGUGUGUGUGUGUGUGUGUGUGUGUGUGUGUGUGUGUGUGUGUGUGUGUGUGUGUGUGUGUGUGUGUGUGUUUGUUAAUAAAUGUUACAUAUUUUAAUUUAGAUCAUUUAUCAACUUUAUUUAGCUCAUUUAACUAUUACCUAGUUAGUAGUUAACUAGUUAGUAAUUAACUAGUACCUUCAAGCCUUUAUUCCAUUGUCAAAAUGAAUCCAUAUAUUAUGCAAUGUCAAUAUAUGUAUUUCUUCACAAACUGCUAUAAUUCACACAUUUAUUUCACAUAAUUUAAAUAAAUUACAGUCUGUUUUUUAAUGUAUGCAUUAAAAAAACCCCGAAUUGUCAUUUUGCCUUGGAAAUGAAAUGAAUGAAUCCACACACCAUACUAACUACGGUAGUAAUGCGCAGGAGUUAGAUAAGCGCUAAAUGCUGCCCUCUAGUGGAUAUUAUAGAAAGAGACAUUUGGGACUCUUCUCUUCAUGUUGUUUUUUGAUGAAUGAUGGUGAAAUUGUUGUAGUAUAUUACUUUCAAUUUUUCUGGUGCUACACUUAACCCUUGUUUUCUGAGAUUUCACUGAAUGAUUGUAGUUCUCAGCUAUGGUGUAACAGCUCUAGCAUAUUUAGUAUAGCCAAGUUUUUAUCUCAGUUUAAUUUGUUAAGGACUGGAUAAUGAAUCAUUUCAUUUCCAUGUUUUGGCUCUACCAGGACUGUUUGUUUCUAAAAUAAUGUAAUAGAACCAAUGUGACCAACCAAUUUUCUAUAAUCAAAACAUUUCUCAGCAAAUAAUGGGUAUGGUAUCUUAAUUAUAGGUAUAGUCUGUUGUUUCAUAUACAGUAUGCAUUAAAUAUGCAUAAUAGAAUUUUGGAGUUGUCAAUUCAGUCCAAAACUCUAAAUCUUGAUCAAUUAGAUUAAUUGCACUACCCUUAUCUAUGUGUGUUAAGGCAAUAAAUGGCCUGGGAGGGGCAAAAGAGCAUUCUGGGAUGGCACUUAUUAUUAUGGCAAUAAUGAACAGGACAAUGUUUCAUUUGCAGAAUAUGUGAUUUAACCCUUGGUGUGAAAUAACAUUGUACAUACUGUAUUUGCUUUAUGUUCCUAAUAAGUGAUUUGGUUAAAACAGCUGGAAUAUAACAAUAAAGCAUGAAUUAUGCAGGAAGAGCAGAUCUCUCAUGAUUAAAAUUAAAUGAUAUUGUAAUCAAUGAACACAUCUAGAUGAUGUAAUUUGAAACAACUAAUUGUGAAAUCAAUUAUUAUGAGAAAAUUUUUACAAUAUAAAAUAUAUUGCUGCAGUGUA